AUGGUGGUGCAUAAUAUUUUCCUGGCAGGAGUUUUUGGAGAUCUGCCGCUGCUAGAUUCCGGCUGUACACAUACGGAUCUAAAGAAAAGACAGGUGCUGGUUGUAGCGUUCCUGAUCCCCGGCCACACUGUUGAAAAGAAAUUCAAACUCUCAUAUGAACAUUUAAUCUUAUCAGUAGGAGCAUACGGCAUAUUAAGGGCUAUUGAGCAUCAAAACACCGACAAAGUUGUCAUACUAUCUGACUCAUUAUCUGUCAUAAAAUUAAGGAAUAACUUAGAUGACUGUGCUUAUAUUUCACUGCAGCUGCAUGAAUUCACAGAAGUCGUUGACACCUCUCAGAUGGCCGGGUUCGUCAGGAUGCUUCAGGGAAGAGACAAAGAAUUAGUAGAAAUGAUUUCAGAAAAGAUAUCUCAAAGUCCAUUAGAACCAUAUGACAGUAAAUAUCAUUUAAAAAUAGUCUCUAACUUGAAGGAUAACUUCAAAAAUCGUUUAAAGGAUUUCAACGAAAUUGCUAUAGUAGCGCAAUUUGUUGUUUCACUCUUCAUGGAAAUUGAUAUCCAACUUCUGUUACGCAGCAUUUUAGCGAAGAAAUCGCCUUUCAGAAUGAGUUAG